GCCUGUUGGCCUCCUGUCUCGAAUGAAGCCAAGCCGCCGCUGCCACAAAAGGGCUUGGCAGGGAACUUGCCUCGGCGGAUGAGAGCGAGCCAGACGCUAUCCGGUGGAGGCGGGCAGCAUUUAAGAUGAAACAUCGCGUCUUGGCGGGCUCCGCUCCAGUUCGCCGGCAUUCAUAAUUUCAUACGGAUUCGGGAGUAGACCCUGCUCCAAGGGCCCUGGUAUAAGACCCUUCUCCUUGCUACUGCUGCUGUGCAAUUCCUUUCUUUCCUUCCUCAGCUUGGAUAGCAGUUCAUUCUUUUUCUGCAGGUCAUCUUCCUUCCAUUCAUUCAUUCACUCCCUCCCUUCCCUUCAUUUUUCAGUCCUUCUUUUUUACCACUCUUCUUCCAAAAUGAAGUCCUCUACUUUCGGUAUGCUCGCUCUGGCAGCAGCAGCCAAGAUGGUCGAUGCCCACACCACCGUCUUCGCCGUCUGGAUCAACGGCGAGGACCAGGGUCUGGGCAACAGUGCCAGUGGCUACAUCCGGUCUCCCCCCAGCAACAGCCCCGUCAAGGACGUGACCUCGACCGACAUCACCUGCAACGUCAACGGCGACCAGGCGGCGGCUAAGACCCUCUCCGUCAAGGGCGGCGACGUCGUCACCUUCGAGUGGCACCACGACAGCCGGGACGCCUCCGACGACAUCAUCGCCUCCUCCCACAAGGGCCCCGUCAUGGUCUACAUGGCCCCGACCACCGCCGGCAGCAGCGGCAAGAACUGGGUCAAGAUCGCCGAGGACGGAUACUCCGACGGCACCUGGGCCGUCGACACCCUGAUCGCCAACAGCGGCAAGCACAACAUCACCGUCCCCGACGUCCCCGCCGGCGACUACCUCUUCCGCCCGGAGAUCAUCGCCCUCCACGAGGCCGAGAACGAGGGCGGCGCCCAGUUCUACAUGGAGUGUGUCCAGUUCAAGGUCACCUCCGACGGUGCCAACACUCUGCCCGACGGUGUCAGCCUGCCCGGCGCCUACUCCGCCACUGACCCCGGUAUCCUCUUCAACAUGUACGGCUCCUUCGACAGCUAUCCCAUCCCCGGUCCCUCCGUCUGGGAUGGCACUAGCUCUGGCUCUUCCUCUUCUUCCUCUUCUUCCUCUUCCAGCUCUUCCGCCGCCGCUGCCGUUGUUGCCACCUCCUCUUCCUCUUCCUCUGCUUCCAUCGAGGCCGUGACCACCAAGGGUGCCGUCGCCGCCGUCUCCACCGCCGCCGCCGUGGCUCCUACCACCACCACCGCUGCCCCCACCACCUUCGCCACGGCCGUCGCCUCCACCAAGAAGGCCACUGCCUGCCGCAACAAGACCAAGUCCUCCUCCGCUGCCACCACCGCCGCCGCCGUCGCCGAGACCACCUCUUCCACCGCUGCCGCCACCGCUGCUGCUUCCUCUGCCUCUUCCGCCUCCGGCACCGCCGGCAAGUACGAGCGCUGCGGUGGCCAGGGCUGGACCGGUGCCACCACCUGCGUUGAUGGCUGGACCUGCAAGCAGUGGAACCCUUACUACUACCAGUGCGUUGAGUCUGCCUAGAUUCUUUCUGUCAGGGGGGUAUGACAAGACAAGAUUAGGUGUGGUUGUGUGUUAGACGUGGAUGGUUUGGUGGAUAUUGGUUGUUGCUUGGUGAGGUGUUGACUAGAUUCGUUGUAUAAAUUAAUCAAAUCCAUUCUCUCUGAGAUGAAUUAAUGAGUGUCUGUAUUGACACGAGCUUUUGCUGGGGUCUGGUUGAAAGUGGGUGUACUGUACUCUGUAGGGGUUGCUUGUAAUAGGGCUAAACAGGGGGUGUAUACGGCGGGUGGAGAGGGGAAAGCGGGUGAAUGUCAUUCAUUGUCGCGGUUCAUAGUUGGUAUUGACGGUUUCUGGUUAAGAAGGGGGGGGGACAAAAGAAUAAGAAGGAAAAUCGAAUGAAGCGCAACAAACAGGC